UUGAAAAGAAAAAGGCUGAAAAACGUAUAUAAAAUGGAAGAGAGAGGUGUGCGAUCAAAAUACAAAUACGAGAAUAACGCGCGCGACAAGAAAAACUUUUCUUCCUUGUCUAUCUUCUAACAAAUUUCUUUUUCUCUUUCAUUUUUCUCAUUCCCAUUUUAUUUUCGAGAACAAUAAUAAUCAUAUUAAUAAUUUAAAAAAAAAACGCUGUUCAUAUUAAUAAUUAAAAAAAAAAAAAAAAACGCUGAGAAAUAGCCGGGAGAGCUUUUUGCGGAUCGUGUUGUCUCACGCAAACAACGCUGUAGCGCGAAUUUCUUUGCUUACUUGGCUUUUAUUUUGUUUCUCUUUUUUUUUAAAAAAAAAUUGAGAAUCUGUUUUUUUUAAAAUGUGAUUGUUAAUAUUUAUAUGUUAUUGAAAUGAAGAAUGCGAGGGAAUUUGUUUAGGUGAGAUUUGAUAUUUGAUUAGAGAAAAUGGAUUCAGCAAGGAAUUGGCUUUCGAAGCUACAACAGAAGGAUAAGGUGAGGGCUUUGCGAAGGAAUGAGGCGACGUCCAACGUUGAAGGCGGAGGGAAUGACGAAGCCAAUACGGACGAAGAAGCUCUCUCCAAAAUCACCAAACAAAAGGCCGCCGCUGCCAAGCAGUAUAUUGAGAAUCAUUACAGAGAACAAAUGAAGAAUCUUCAAGAAAGAAGAGAGCGACGAAUAAUCCUAGAACAGAAACUGGCGGAAGCUGACGUCUCUGAGGAAGAUCAAACUAACUUACUGAAGUACUUGGAGAAAAAAGAAACUGAAUACAUGCGUCGUCAAAGGCAUAAAAUGGGUGUUGAUGACUUUGAAUUAUUAACUAUGAUUGGCAAGGGUGCGUUUGGAGAGGUUAGAGUUUGUAGGGAACAGACUACAGGCCAAGUAUAUGCUAUGAAGAAGCUUAAGAAAUCAGAAAUGCUUCGAAGAGGCCAGGUUGAGCAUGUGAAAGCUGAAAGGAACCUUCUUGCUGAAGUUGACAGCAAUUGUAUUGUCAAACUCUACUGUUCUUUCCAAGAUGAGGACUACCUUUAUCUUAUAAUGGAAUACCUUCCUGGUGGAGAUAUGAUGACAUUACUUAUGAGAAAGGAUAUCUUGACUGAAGAUGAAGCUAGAUUUUAUGUUGCAGAGACAGUUUUGGCUAUUGAAUCUAUCCACAAACACAAUUAUAUUCAUAGGGAUAUCAAGCCUGACAACUUGCUACUAGAUAGACAUGGACACUUGAGAUUGUCGGAUUUUGGACUAUGUAAACCCUUAGAUUGCAGUACCAUCCAAGAAAAUGAUUUUAUUGUAGGAGGCAACAGUAAUGAGAGUGGGGAAAGUGAUGAACGCCCAGCAGCACUGAAGCGAACACAGCAAGAGCAACUAGAGCACUGGCAAAAGAACCGGAGAACACUUGCUUAUUCUACCGUUGGUACUCCGGACUAUAUUGCUCCAGAAGUCCUCUUGAAGAAAGGUUAUGCAAUGGAAUGUGAUUGGUGGUCGCUUGGUGCUAUCAUGUUUGAAAUGCUCAUCGGAUAUCCACCUUUUUAUUCAGAUGAUCCGAUGUCAACUUGUAGGAAGAUAGUAAACUGGAAAACUCAUCUGAAGUUUCCUGAAGAGGCAAAAUUAUCUGCAGAGGCAACAGAUCUAAUUAGCAAACUCUUGUGUGAUGUCAGCCACAGACUAGGAUCAAAAGGGGCAGGUGAAAUUAAGGAACAUCCAUGGUUUCAAGGUGUGGAUUGGGAUAGAAUAUAUGAAAUGGAGGCUGCAUUUAUUCCUGAGGUUAAUAAUGAGCUUGAUACUCAAAAUUUUGAAAAGUUUGACGAGUCCGACGAUCAGUGUCCUAGGCCAUCAAAAUCUGGUCCAUGGAGAAAAAUGCUUUCAUCCAAGGACGUAAAUUUUGUGGGAUACACAUACAAAAACUUUGAAAUUGUCAAUGAUUUUCAAGUGCCUGGAAUGGCCGAGUUGAAGAAGAAGAGCUCCAAAUCAAGUCGGCCGUCAGUUAAGACACUUUUUGACAGUGAGGCAGACGCAUCUGAUGCUUCAGACUCAACACCUGGUGCACAGCCUGUUCAAGGGAGCUUUUUGAAUCUCUUGCCUCCAGAACUGGAAGCCACUGAAAAGCAGUGUGGAUCCCAGUAACUCACCCCUUCUGUUAGAACUGUUAGAUCUUAGAAAGGCAAGUUGGCUUAGGCAACUGCAUUCUGGUACCAAAAUAGCAAUUUUCCAUGCUGUCUUUUGCGUUUGGAUAUAUUGGUGGCUAAAGCUCUAUCUGCAGGAACUUCAGGUUUAAUUCACCUCUUAAGGUCUAGAUACCAAGGAAAGCUAUUGCUGAUCAAAGUUGCUUUUUCAUUUUCAUAAAGAUCAAAACAAACAGGAGAAUUGAAAAGGAAAAAGAAAAGAGCGAGUAAUUGUUAAUAAUAGUAGGUGCAAAAUAUUUUUAUUUUUUUUCUUUAUUAGUGGUAAAAGCAGCAAAAAUGUUGUACAGAAACAGUCUUAAAGUCAUAUCAUUCCAUCAUGUAUACAUCCUUUACUUGCAAUGUGUUAAUUAUUUACCCGCCAA